UUACCGGUGAAGCCCUGUGCCAGGCAUGUUCUUCACACACCUCUAGUCCUCCAGAAAUCCUCUGGGGUAGGUAUUGAUAUGCCCAUUUUACAAACAGACUGAAGCUACGAGAGAGGAAGUGAUUGCCCAGGGUCACACAUGAUAGAUGGCAGAGCCUGGGAUUCAAAAUCAGUUCCACAGGGCUCAAGGAGCCCUUCGCCCCCUCUGCUCUCCCUGACAGUGGGACCAUAGACCGUGGGAGCCAGACUGGAAGACUGAGGCCGGGAAAGGGGAGCCACAAGGACGGUGCAGGGUGGCUGCGGACAGCUGCUGCAUUGCCUGGGCACGCGGUUUCAGGAGCCUCCCCGGGCGGUCGCCCCUGGGCCUAGGGCUCUGAGCUGCCGCAGGACUGGCUAGACCAGAGGUGGGGCCAGGGCCACCAGCCCUUUGCCCUGGGGCCAGAGGGAGGACCGGAAGACCAGAAAAGCAGGAGGAGGUGUCUCAGCUGAUUGGCAGCUUCUCCCCGCCCCCCAAUCUCCCUCCUGCCCCAGGUGACCUUUUCCCCAGAUCCCAGGGUCUAGGCACACCCCUGCCGGGAGGUGCGGACAACAGCGACAGCUGGGAUUGGUCAGAGCCAGGGGGGACGUGUCCCAGGCUCCGCCAGCCCUGGUGGCUGAGCAGAGCAGGUGGACUCCCAAGAUAGACCAGGAGCCACCGGCCUACCGGACUGGGACCUCUGCCCUCCAGACAUGGCCCCAGGCCCCCUUGGUCCCCAGCCCUGUGGCCGUGCAGGGGUGCGGGCAGCCUAAGCGCCACCACCCCAGGGCCUGUGCCCAUGUCCCUGACCCAGGCACGGCCGGCCUCAGGAGCAGAGGCCAUGGAGACAGUUGCCCCAGCUGUGGACCUGGUGCUGGGGGCCUCGGCCUGUUGCCUGGCCUGCGUCUUCACCAAUCCCCUAGAGGUGGUGAAGACGAGGCUGCAGCUGCAGGGGGAGCUGCAGGCCCGCGGCACCUACCCACGGCCCUACAGGGGCUUUUUGGGCUCCGUAGCAGCUGUGGUCCGUGCGGACGGGCUGUGUGGCCUGCAGAAGGGGCUGGCCGCCGGCCUCCUUUACCAGGGCCUGAUGAAUGGCGUCCGCUUCUACUGCUACAGCCUGGCAGGCCAGGCUGGCCUCACCCAGCAGCCUGGUGGCACCGUGGUCGCGGGCGCCGUGGCUGGGGCACUGGGAGCCUUUGUGGGGAGCCCUGCUUACUUGGUGAGUGCCUUGUCUCCAUCCUCCACCACCCCAUGACCCAUGACCCAGCUCCCUCGGGGGCUCUGGAGCCUUCCAAGCUGACUCUGGUACCAGGUCGGGUGGGCCAGGCCGGGUGGGGCCGCUCCAGGCACAUCCCCUGCCCGGGGAUUGGAAUCCGCCCCUGGGCCCAAGCCACAGGGUCUUGCCCCCAUGCUCCUUCUCCUGGGGUCCCUGCUCCACUGGACCUGGGCCGGGGUUGCGGGGGAGGGCAGAGGGUGGCAGGACCGGUGCUGGCUCAAACCCAGCGUGGUGGCCUGUCUUCCUGUAUGGCUGAGCAAGUUAAGAAUAAGCGAGGCCCCCGCGUCCUAGGCUGGAUGAGGAAUAGUCAUGAUCCCAUAGUCAGAACAGCUUGUCCAGCGGAGCAGAGAGGCCCGGAGAAGGUCAAAUGCAGACCCAGGCUGACCUCAGAUCCCUCCCCCCAACCCUGUUCCCCACGCCCCCUAAGCUGGGGGUGUGGGCUCCUGGAGGCCUGGACGUCGGGGUACAGCUCGUCCAGUCCUCCGUCACAUCCGCUCUCACAGGUCAAAACGCAGCUGCAGGCCCAGACGGUGGCCGCGAUGGCCGUGGGGCACCAGCACCAUCACCAGAGCGUUCUGGGUGCCUUGGAGACCGUCUGGCGGCAGCAGGGCCUGGCAGGGCUGUGGCGGGGCGUGGGUGGGGCCGUGCCCAGAGUCAUGGUUGGCUCAGCGGCCCAGCUGGCCACCUUUGCCUCUGCCAAGGCCUGGGUGCAGGAGCAGCAGUGGCUCCCGGAAGACAGCUGGCUGGUAGCCUUGGCUGGAGGCAUGAUCAGCAGUGUCGCCGUGGCUGCCGUCAUGACCCCCUUCGACGUGGUCAGCACACGGCUGUACAAUCAGCCCGUGGAUGGAGCCGGCAGAGGCCGGCUGUAUGGUGGACUUGCCGACUGCCUGGUGAAGAUCUGGCGGCAGGAGGGCCCCCUGGCACUCUACAAGGGUCUGGGCCCGGCCUACCUGCGCCUGGGCCCCCACACCAUCCUCAGCAUGCUCUUCUGGGAUGAGCUCCGGAAACUGGCCGCGCGGGGCCAGCGCCAGGGCACCUAGGCGGCAUCCCUCAUCGCCGUAUCCUGACACAGCCCGGGACCUGGCAGGAAGCGACGGCCCGCUCCGGCUGGGAAUGGCCGUCUCAGAGCAGGCCACAGGCCCAGACCCUGCCACACGGCCCAGGAGAGUGUGGACAGCUCUGGUCAACCGAGACCCCUGGCCCAUUCAGGGCCUGAGCCUCUGCUCUGGAUCACCAGCCACUCUGUUCUCCCGCAAGUUCUCUUCCCUCCCUGCCUGGGUUACCUCAUCCCAGAACCUUACCCAUGAUUACAAUAACCGCUCCGGGGCAUGACUGUCACCACGAGCCGGGUCACUCACAUGCAUCCGCUUGCUUAGUUCUCGAACAGUACGAGACAGUGAAAUCCUCUCGUACCAAGAGGAAGCUGAGGCUCAGCAAGGUAAAGUGCUUUGACCAAAGCCACACAGCUUUGAAAGGAUGGAACCAGGGCUGGCUCUUAGCUCUGCCCAGUGUAGACUGGUGCCCCUGGCAGGAGCCAGGACCCUGGGGGCUGCAAGGCCCUGAGUGUCACUAGUCAUGGGGAGGCUCCAGGAUGCACCAGGAGGCUGUCAUGUCACACCUGCGUCAUGAGCUCAGGCUGCCAUAAAAAGCGCCUCAGACCAGGGGUUCAAACAACAGAUCUUGUCUCACAGUCUGGAGGCUGGAAGUCCAAGAUCAAGAUUGUCAGCAGGGUUGGUUUCUCUGAGGCCUCUGUCCUUGGUGGCCCUGGGUCCUCACACGGUCUUCCUUCUGUGCCUGUGUCCGAAUCUCUUCUAAUAGGGAGACUAGUCGUGUUGGAUUAGCACCCACCCUAAUGUCCUCAUUUUAACUUAAUUACCUCUGUAGAGACCUCGUCUUCAAGGACAGUCACAGACUGGGGGUUAGAACUUCAGUGUAUGAAUGUGGGGGAGGGGGGGCCUAAUUCAGCCUGUAACAUCAGCUGAGAGCUUUUACUGAGGGCCUCCUAGAUGCCCAGCACUGGUGGCGUUUGCACAAAUCCUCAUGACCAUUCUGAAAGGGAGCUCUUGUGAUGCCCAUUCUUCAGAUGAGGAGGCUGAGGCCCGGGGCAGGGAAGUGACUUGCUUAAGGUGUCCUCACCCCGGGCCCUUUCCCCAAGCUGCAGCCACACCCCCCCACUGAGUAUGUUCCUAAGGCUCGCGCUGACCUUUGUGCUUCAGAGAUGGACACGGAGUACCUGGAAGGGGCAGGACUGGCCCAGGUCCAGCAGCCUGAGCCGCCACACCCCACGUCUGCCGUUCCAAGGGCACGGCUCCCCAACGCACACUCCAAACCAAUAAAGUUUUCUAUUUUGUUUA